AUGUUCCAUUUGGCCAAAGGAUUAUAUCAAAAUUGGAAUAGAAAAGAGCAAUAUUCUGUUCUUAUUCUAGGUUUGGAUAAUGCCGGGAAGACCACAUUCUUGGAACGUGUCAAGUCCAUCUACAUGCCCAAUGCGAAAAUAACACCACCAGAACGAAUACUGCCUACCGUGGGACAGAAUGUAGGCAUCAUCAACUUUAGCUCCAAAGUGAAUCUCAAAUUCUGGGACGUUGGCGGACAAGAAUCUUUGAGAGAAAUGUGGUCCGAGUAUUACACAAAUUCUCAUGCGAUUAUUUUUGUGAUUGAUUCUACAGAUAAAGACAGGCUGCUGGACUGCCAGAAAGCUCUAAGCAGUAUUGUUACAGAUGACCUAAUUGAGGGCAUACCGAUUCUUAUGCUUGCCAAUAAACAGGACGUUGAAGGUGCCCCAGGAAAGUUGGAAGUUGAGGAUAUUAAAGAGAUAUUCAACGUUAUCGCGGAACAUCUAGAUGCCAGAGAUAGCAGGGUGCUCCCAAUAAGUGCCAAGACAGGAGAUGGGGUUCAACAAUCUAUAGAAUGGUUGACUUUAAGAUUGGAAAGGAACAAGAGUAAUAAGCCUCCCAUCUAUAGGUAG